CUGGAGCAGACAUGAGACCAGUGGGAGAACUGGUGCUGGUACUGGGUUUACUGGUGAGCGUUCACUGUGAGGUGAGAGCACGAGACCCCGAGGUGGAGGAGGAAGAGGAGGACCUGAGAGGAAGAGCAGGAGGAGAAGGAGGGGGAGGAGGAUCGUUUUGGACGGGGGCAUUUCCUCCUCACCCUCAGAGGCUUCACCCAGGGGCGACGGAAACCCCCCCACUGGGAAAGAGAGGGAACCACGUAACCCGAUAUGGGAACUGGUGUGCGUUCGUGCAGAGGCGUGUGGUGACGACGGCGGUGCUGUGUGGAACAGAGAAGUACAUCAUCAAGUCCCAGAGUCCCUGUCUGAGCGGGUCCCCCAACUGUCCCAUGGUCCUGUACAAGCUGUCCACCCAGCCGAUGUACACUCAGAGUAAGAAGACCAUCACCACUCUGCAGUGGCGCUGCUGUCCAGGACACGGAGGACACAACUGUGAGGACACAGUCCCUGAUCCUCAGCUGGAUUCUGGAUCAGCUCCGAACAGAAGACCUGAGCCAGAGAGAGCCGAGCUCAGAGGUCCAGGUGUUCACAUGCAGCUCCAGCAGCAAAUCGACCCGAACCGCGAGCAGAAUGACAACCCUCACACCUCCCAGCAGCAGGAGCCCCGCCUUCAAGAAUCCCCUGCUGUCAUCUCCGUUCCCCAAGUGGUGGCCCUGGUCAUGUCCCAUCUGCAGCCAGUCCUGGAGGGCUUCAACCGCUCACUGGAGCACCUGAGCUGGCAGGUAGGGGACCUGGCCCAUGAUGUGGCCCAGCUGAAGAGCAGUCGGUGGGGGGCGGAGCGGCAGACAGCGCCACCCGAAGGACCUGAGCUGGACGAGGCAGCGGAGGAACGUCUGGAGGCCAAACUGGACGAGGUGUUUCAGAACAUCAGGGAGGUCCAGAGGCAGGUGGAAAGUCAGCGGACAGACAUGGAGGACGGGCUGCACUCCCAGCAUGCAAUGCUGCACUACAACCUCACCAGCUUUAAGACGGACAUUGACAUGAAGCUGAAACGGCACCAGAAGACGCUGCAGGUCAGCCUGCAGGCCAUGAACACCACACUGUCUGAGCUGAAGCUGGACGAUCACCUCCCUUUUCCCGCCCUGUCUCCCCGGCCCUCGGACUCCUCCGCGCUCUGGGACGCCAUUGAACGACUGGACGACGCGGUGGUCAACAACACGGUGAAGGUGACCGCGCUGACGGAGGACGUGGAGGUGACUGCAGGGAGCGUCCAGCAGCUGAGGUGGGACUUAAAGGAGCUGGAGAAGCAGAUCAACCAGACGGCCCGGAGCAGUCGCAUCCUGUUCAUGGAGACGGGGCUGGAGGUGGAGGAUGCGAAGGUGGCGGUGCUGAAGCGGGUGGAGGAGCUCGCUGGGAACCUGGCGAAACACAAAAAGCAGCUGCAGGAGCAGGAGGAUGACGUGGACUACCUGUACACCCUCUGCCACAACAACACCCACGCAGACUGCGGCUGCACGCGGCUGGAGGCCGCUGUGGCUCGGCUGGAGAGGGGCGUGGCCAACGUGACGGCACUGGCCAAUGAUAACAGACUGGCCCUGGACGAGAACAGCGAGGGAGGGGUGGAGCAGUGGGGCGAGCCCAGCGACUGGGAGCCGGCGGUGGAGAGGCUUCAGCGUGGGCUCCAACAUGUGCAGGAGUCUCUGGCCUCAGAGCAGAGCAGGACCAGGACUCUGGACCUCGGCCUGACGCAGCUGAGCAGCUCGGUGGCGGUCGGCCUGGCCGAGGUCUCCGACAUGAAGGAGAGGGACAAAAACGUGAGGGAGGAGAUUCAGCGCCUGACCAGCUCCUUCAAAUCUCUGCUGAAAGACGCCAUCCGACACAGCGACGUGCUGGACCUGCUGCUGGGGGAGGAGGUGCUGGAGUUCCUGGAGUGGCCCGUCCAGGACCAGGUGGCCAACUCCAUCCCGGCCCUGAAGGAGCAGCUGAGGAACCUGCAGGAGCAACUGAGACAACAAAGCCUGAGCAUCACAUCGCUGCUCAGCAACAGGCCAGGAAGCAGAGAGGAGGUACCAUCUGCUGACCAGCCCUCCUCCUCCUCCUCCUCCUCCUCCCACCUCGUCCCUGGUGACUGGUAUCUCGGUGGCAUGAGGAGGAGCGACAGUGGAGUCCCAGCCAGGGAGCAACAGCUUCUCCUCCACCCUGAUGGGAGGCGUCCGGAGCACAGAGGAGACGGCAGUGAUCUGUGGAAUCUGGAGAAAAGGGUGGAGGAGCUGGGGCUGAAGGUGGUCCGGCUGGCCGAGAAACCCUGCCCCUGCUCCAACAGCUCCACGGAGGGUGAGACGCCGUCGGGUGGUGUGGACACCAAACUGCAGGCGGAGGUGAUGUGGCUGAAGAGAGGGCUGGAGGAACAUCUGGGGGUGUUCAAGAACGUCUUCAGUAACGCUGACGUGCUGGCGGCAUCUCGCUCCACGCUGGAGCUCGACAAGCUGUGGCAGAUGGUGAAGGACAGAGACCGAGAGGGGAAGAAAGGGAAGAAGAGAGGAGGAGGAGGAGGAGGAGGAGGAGACCAUCGGCACAGGAGGGAUUCAUCAGGUGUUGUUCCUGUCCCGUCCGGCCAAUCAGAGGACUCUCUGCUGUUCGUGGCUGGAUCUCCUCUGAGAGUCUUAAACAGCGUCGUGGUGUUCGAAGCGUCUCUGAACCAGGGUCUGUUUUACUCAGACACGGGCUCCUUCACAGCUCCGGUGGACGGGGUCUACUUGUUCAUCCUCACCUUGGACUGGAGGCCGGGCCCCGCCCACAUGGUCCUGAGGAGGGGGUCGGGCGGAGGUCUGGUAUGGCUACACCGACAGGAGGUGACGGAGGCGGGGCCGACCACAGGUGUGGGCCUCCUCCAGCUCAGGAAGGGGGAGGUGGUGAGGCUGGAACUAAGGGGAGGAGCAUGGGCGGAGUCAGAGGACAAUGUGUUCACUGGGAUGCUGCUCCACCAGACCACCUGAGGGCGCUGUGGUCUCCCUGCUUAAAGUCUUCAUGCUAAGGUAGCCUAAGCUCCGAAACACUCAAACGAUCACAUGACUCAUUGGAAACGCUGCGAUGUUACCAUCACCGGUGUCCGCUGAUCGAGCCGGGCGGCGCCUGCUGGUCGACGCCCCACAGUCAUCGGAGGUCUCCACCGAUCAUCCGCUUAAAAAUCUGACCACAGAUCAGCUGCAGCUGCUUCUCUCUGUAAAACUGAGCUGAGCUUCAUCUGCCUGUAGAAUCAUGUACAAACAGUUUAAACCAUGUUAGAAGGAAAAAAAGCUUUUAAAGGGAAAUUUUUACUUUUCAUAUUUUAUAUGGAGAAAAUAUUUGCAUGUAAAGUCACCUGUAUGUUUAAUGUGUGUACAAACAGAGUUCCAGUAUAUUUAUAUAAAGAACAGCUGAGCCCAGUUUCACAUGAAAAUGAACAAAGAAAUGAAUGUUUUCAUAUAAAGGAUGAAGAAGUUUGGUCGUCAGCCUGUAAAUGAAUAAAAAGCCUUUAUCACAAACAGCUUCAUGAUAAAUCUGCAAACACACGAGACGCAGAUUCAUUCGUUCAUCUCUGCUCUGUCUGCAGCUUCAUCACUUCACAGGAAAUUCACUGGAAACUUUGGUCAUUUGUCUAUUAAAUGUUACCACGGUGACGCCUUC